CCUGUUGAGUGAGGGGAUCUUGGUCCACCCUGGCAGCCAAAUCUGAGGCCAUGGCAACCCAGCAAGUGGACAGCAGAAGGCAGGUGGCAGCAGAGCGGGUGGCAGCCCAGCUGCUUGAACGGAGAAGGGGCAGCCACCUUGAUGACAAGAAGCAGACGUUGUUGGCAUUGCUGAUCUUGGUGCUGUACUUGAGCACAGGGAUAUCGGGAAGCAGUUGGAAGGUGUCAGAAAGGAUCAGAGAAUGUAACUGCUACCAGAAUCUUGUAGUUUCCCAGGGGCUUGAAUAUCAGACCGACGAGCCCUCAGAAGAACCGAUAAAGACCAUGAGGAACUGGCUGAAGGAGAACUUGCAUGUCUUCUUGGAGAAGUUAGAGGAAGAGGUGCAAGAGCUGGAGCAGCUGGUGCGGGACCUGGAGCUGUGGCUGGAUGCUCUUCUGGGAGAGCCGCAGCAGGAGGAGCGCUGCUCGACACGUAAAAGUCACUUAAACGGCCUUGGCGGAACACCAGAGCCCGGCGAGAUAGUCUCCCUGGCACCAUGACGUGGCCCCCUGGAACCAACACAGGCUUCAGAGCCAGCCAUGGGUUCAGGACUCUUCUACUUUCUUGAGAUGUUGUGCACCUGGAGCAUGAGGUCAGCAUCAGAG